AUGGGCAGCGAUCUAACACACACGAGAAAAAGAAUGAGGCGUUACUACCACGGACCAGUCAUUAAGAAAACGAGAGCAAAGGUUCAGUUUGCAGACCUUCCCGAUGAUCUGCUGUCUACGAUUCUAUCAAAAUUGCCACUGAAGGAAGCUGCAAGAACCGUCAUUCUGUCAAGUAAAUGGAACGACGUGUGGAGAGUUUGCCCCAAACUGAGAUUUGAUGGCUUCACAGUGUGCAGUGACAGCGUGUUUGGGGGAGAACAGUACACUCAGAAAUUCAUUGACAAUGUUAAUGCAGUCAUGCAGAAGCAUCAGUGCAUGGUCGUUGAAGAGCUCGUGAUCAAAUUUGGGUUUGACAAGAGGGUACUGGAUCAUAUCAACAUGUGGGUUGCUUUUGCUGUUUCAUCGCGGACGGAGAGCCUUGCCCUUGAUUUAGGACCAGUCGACAUCCAAGGUCGUAUUGAUCAGUACAGAUUUCCGGUCGAGCUUUUAGACAACAGAAGCAUAUCCCGGCUUCGUCAUCUUCAACUUAGCGUUGCAUCAUUUGAACUACCCCUUCAAUUCAGCGGUUUCCCGAAUCUGAGAGCACUUGACUUGCACUUGGUAAAUGUCACUCGGAAGGAUCUUCAAGACAUGCUGUCAAAUUGCAUUAAUCUUGAGUGGUUCAGUAUGGUUAGAUGCCAUUUGAAUGAUGAACUGAUAGUAGCUCGUCCAUUGUCAAACCUGAUAUACCUGCGUGUUGCACACUGCAAGAUAACCAAGAUAGUACUCCAUGCGGUGGAACUCAAAACUUUCUUGUUCUAUGGACGUCUGUAUCCAAUCGACCUUGGGCAUACACCCAAACUGAAGCACACAUUUCUUGAUAUUUAUUCCCUGUUAACUGUUGAGCAUGCUUUGACUGUGCUUCCCAAAGUGCUUCCAAGUGUUCAAGAUCUGACAUUGCAUGCUCAUUUUACUCUUAAGAUGCCUUUGUUGAUGGAAAAUCCGUGCAAGUUUUACCAGUUGAAAUAUUUACAUUUGAACCUGUCAAUUGGUCAUAAAGAAGCUGCCAACAUUCUAUCUUUUGCCUCUUUUCUGAGGGCUGCUCCUUCUGUUGAAAAGUUAGAAAUGCAUUUUAGUGUUUUGGCCAUCCCACAUCGUGUCUCGGAGCCUAUCAAGAGCCUUCCACGGUGUCCACAUAGUUAUCUGAAGAACCUGCAUAUUACAGGAUUUUCGGGAACAACAGGACAACUUGAAUUUCUAGUGCACGUUGUUGAAAAUGCCCCUGCUCUGAAGAUAUUGACGAUUAAAGGAGCUGACUCGAUUGGUCGUGAUCUCAAUCAUGAAGGGAAAAGAAAAUUUUCUUUUAAGUUUCGGGAAUUGGAGAGGAAAUACCUUCAUGGGAUAAUUUCACCAAAUGUGGACCUCCGUAUUAUUUAA